AUGUUGCGGCGUGCCCGCCGAUAUUAUUAUGCAUCGUUCCCACCGCAGAGUGCGCUGUGGUCGCAGUGUCGGGAGGGUAUUUUUUUUCCCCCCUGGUUCAUUUUUUCCCAUAACUACCACCCGGGCGCCCACAACCUCUCAACAACCCAUGCCAUCGAAGGCAACACCUUCGUGAUCCUCUCCUCCUUCUUCACCCAACGCUGCGUCGACCGCAUGAACCUCGGAGACGGCAAGCUCUACCACAUUGGUGGUGGUGGCUGUGCCUGCAUCAUCGCCCCUGAUGGACGCAAGCUCACUGAGGAUCUUGGUGAGGAGGAAGAGGGCCUGCUUGCUGCGGACUUGGACGUUAAUGAGAUUCUCAAGGUCAAGGCGAUGCUGGAUGUGCAUGGACAUUAUAGUCGGCCAGAUUUGCUUUGGUUGGGAGUCGACUCGAGGGAGAAGAGGCAGGUUAGGCGUGAGGUGGGGGAGACAUUGACUGAGGCUUGA